CUUUCACAUCUCCGCCACAAUGAGAAGACUCGCGGUCUGGGUGUGGUGCGUCGAAUUGGUCAAAUUGGAUAUUUUUUCGCCUAUUGGACGUCGUCCGGAUGGGCCAACAGACUGUGAGAGUUGGAGUAAGAUGGCUCGGGGAGUGUCAAGAAAUUGGGGGCCAUUUCCUUUGAAUACAUCAAUUUGGAGAAAUGGUGGACAAUAAAAAUUAUGGGGGGAUGCUAAAAAUACCACCCAGCAACGCCACAAUCAAUUAACCCAAUUACUCCUCUAACCAAAUCCCCCCUCACAUGAUGAGAUACCCGUUGAAAAUCCUGCUGACCAGGUCUCUUUGCAAAAAUGUACUUUUUGUCCAAAUUAUCACCCCCAAAAAUUGUUCUUUGUGCUCACGCUCCCUUAUGUGGCAAGGAAAAUCGAUUUUUCACAAAUCUGUGAGAGCAUUUCCAUUUCCUCUCUGUGCACUCGCUCAUUCCGCUCCCUCUCUUCGAGGUGAAAAUCCUCAGUCUCUGUGUGAGCAAAGGGAAAAACCUACCCUUUCCGCUAAUACGCAAUUUCCCGUUUGUGGCUCCACAAGACUCUGAUCAGAAAUCUCUUUACAAAAAAAAUGAAGGAAUUAUUCUUCAAUGUUUUAGGGUUUAUUAAUAAAAUAUGACGUCAACUCUGUGAAUGCGAUAUCUCGCAUUAUUCCUUCACUCACACGGUUCUCUCCUCUGAUAUAUGGCAACGCUCUAAUCAAUGCAAACAUUCAUUGGAUUAACCAGAAAAUGAGAAAAAAAAUAAUGACAACACAAACUUAUCGUAGGCUGUCUUUUGUAUAAAAUCCACCGGCUUUUGUGAAGAGGAAAUUGCAUGAUGAUUUUGAUGACAAUUUGAAGGUCUCAUCUGCAUUACAUGUGUGUGGAAAAUUCAUAGGUGCUCUAUCACACCUUAUCCUGGUACUUCCGGACAUUUGCACAUGAUGAUAUUUGCACACGAAAGAAUGAGAGAGAGAAUAAAACAUUGCUCUGUGUUGUGAGUCCGGAUGGGAAAUGAGGUCAAAGUGGAGGCAAGAAGUAGAAAUAAUGUUGUGAAAAGAAGAGUUCUUUGUUUUGGCUUCCACCGUCAGUGCAAAUGAAAAAGAAAGAUUUGGUGCUAAAUUCUCAAAAAUAUCUUUCUUUUAUGCUAAAAUUCUUGCUAAAUUAAACAAAACGUGAUUUCAUUCAAUUGUAUAAUCUUAAUUCAUGUACAUACCUACUUUAUUGUUGUGCCAUUCAUUACUUUUUUAAAGGUUUUGUGGGUAGUAAAGUAUCUGAGAAUGGGCUUUAUGGAAAGCAUAUUAUUGUUUUUUUUUCCACAGAAAAAAUACCUGCAAAUCUUGCAUAAAAUAUUUGAAUAUUUCAUUAAGAAAAAAUGAUAAAAGAGUUUAUUCUUCUCUGUAUGAGCAUGAGCAAUAGCAUACACCUCCAGAGUAUUUUUUAUGGCGAUCAGUCGAUAAAAUGCGACAAAUUGCUUUAAAAUAUUAAAUCUGACGUCAUCAUUGUAAUUUUUGUUUGUUUCAUUGCAAUAAAGUAAAUACUUUAUCAACAAUUAUUGAUAAAACAUAUGCGUAAAUGUUUCAUUGAAAGAGAUGAAAAACAUAAUAAUGACGUCAUUGUGUACAUUUUUUCAACAAAUAUUCGUGUCAUUUUUCACACAAAUUUUAUUGAAAAAGAAUAGUCUCUUUGGCAAUUUCUUAUCCUCUCUCUCGCUUUCUACAACCUUAUGCUUAUCCCGAUUGUUUCAUUGAAUCUGUUUUCCCAUACAACAAUGAAUAAACUCCUUUGCCGACUCAUAAAAUUAAUUUGUAUUAAAUACUCAAUUUUUUAUUCUGCGAAAGCGAGCAAGUAAUGCUGGAUUUAUUGUGGGCUUUUUUGAAGCUCCAUAAGGCUCACAAUGAAUUAAUCUGUGUGGUUAAUCUUUUCAAUUUCUUAAAUCAAACAAAAGUUCACAAAGGUCUAGAGAGUGAUAUACGUUGAACAACAAAAAUGGGGCAAAGGAAGAGGUUGAAGAUCUUACUGCAAUGUGUUUGGGGGGAAAGGCAGAAAAAGACACUGAAAACAGUUAAAGAAGUUGAAUUGUAAAGUGUUUAUACUCUUUUUUUUGUCCAAAUGCGAUGAGGAGCGAGAAAAACGAACGUUUAAGACAUUUAAGAGAAGCAACAGUUAUGCAAUAAAAGUCUUUUAUGUUGAUGAUUUUUAGCAUGUUAUUUCUUUUAGGCUGCAAAAUGAAAUUUCUAUAUACAUACCUACAUAAUUUGUAGAUUAACCCCCUUUGGUUUUAGAAGUUGAAGGAAACUUUUAAAUGUGAAGAAAUUGUUUCUGCCAUUAUGACGAAUUCUUAUCAGCACAAUGUGGAUUUAUGUUUUGGGAUAUUUAUGGACAUUUACCUCACACACAUUGAAUGGUUGGUUUUGGUGGAGAACAAGUGGAAAUUGAUAACGCUUUAACCCUGGGUGCGAUUGUGCUUACAGCUAAGCAUGCGGAUGCGACGAGAGAGGGAGAAAUGGAAGAAAGCGUAUUUGUUAGGCGGUGCAUGAUGAAGAAAAAAAAAUAAUAUAGAACUUUUUUUUUAAUGUGUCAAACAGUUGAGUACAUAUACAUAUUGAAGAAAGGAGAAAGAAAAAUGAAAAUUGUAUCAGUAGCCACACCUAUAUUUACCUUUAAUGCACGUCAAUUAUUAUCAAUCAGUGAUAAUGAGGUGAAGUGUGACUGGAAAAUGCUCAAUCUCCUCCUGGCGCACGCUUGAACAUGCAGACAGUAUUAAUUUGCUCGCGGGUCUUUGUAAUUUCCAUGCAAUUCUCCCAAUGGAGAGUUGGAUGUGCAUGAAGAUGGAAAAGUGUGUGAAAGACAUCGAUGGGGAGGUAUGGUGGGUAAUUGAAUAAUUAGCUAGGAAAGUAUAGAUAAGAGAGAAAAAUGAGAAUAGCGCAGGGUAUGGUCAUUCAAUUGGAUAAUAAAUAGUUUUCAAUUUCAUUUGAUGCACUCACAUGUCUCAUCAUACAAUUCUUCUUGCUCCCUUUUAUUUUUACUAUUCGUGCAAAAGAAAGGUAAAAGAGUUUUUGUUUUUGAAUAAAAAGACGGACAAAUACAAACUGAGCACACACAAUAUAAAUUUUGUUGAAUUAGUAGACACAUUGCAAAAUUAUGCACAUAAAUUGUACAUAAAUGAGAACCACAAAGAGACAGACAAAACCAUGAUAAUGCUAGUGAGGGGAAACAAGUGAAAGAAUGAGAAUUUAGGACACUUUCGACUAAAUAUUCUUUGUCUGUUUUUUUUUAUAUCCUCCCAUUUUUUUGCUAAUUUCUCACUGUUUGCAGAAAAUAAGACAAAUUUGUUCAGCAUAGAGGACAAGUAGUUUUAAAUUACAAACAAGAAGGAAAAAGAUUUGCAAAUUGUUGCUGAAAUAAUCAACUUGCAAUUAAGUAAUGUUUUUUCGUGUGACUUUUGCAAAAUAAUAUCAUGGGAAUACUGAGGAUUGUUUGAAUAUAUUUUUGUUGCCUUCAUUCACCGUGAACGAUGACAUCAUCGCCAAAGUGGCAAAAUGCGCACGCUUCGUUAGCACGAAUAGUGAAGAGAUGCUGCUGCGAGUUUUCUUUUUUUAUUAUUAUUUUAGUCAUUUAAUAUGAAAUAUCCUUAAAUCAUUCAUUGUUUAGGCUUCGUUUAAAGAAGUUCAUUUAUCCUUUAUUCAUAGAAAAAAUUUUCCGGACGUAGAGUUUAAAAACGGAAUAAGAAAUUGUCAGUAACUCUAGAUUUUCCUAAAAAUGUAAACAAUGACGUCACAAUUAUAUUUUUCUUGUCUCCUUUAUGAAAUCCUUCAAGAAUCAAGGAAUAGAAAGAACCUUUUGAAUUGACUCCUGAUGAAAUAUUCUUUGCACAAUAUGAUUUUAUCUUAUGUAUAGAAUUUCAAAUAGACAUUUCGAAAGUUAGUUUCUGCUUCAUCAGGUAUUUGAAAGGACCAAGAAAAUCUUUACCAUUUGAAGAUAUUUUUUUAUUAAAAAAAAAAAAAACUAGAGAAAAAUUGUGUACAUAUCAUGCUAAGUGACCUACUAUGGCCCUCUCUUGCUGAUUUUAAGCUGAUUGCUUAUUUUUCUCUCUCGGUUUGUGACCACACACACAACACGGGGGGAAUUAAAGUUGAUGGCUAUCAAACAAGAGAGAGAAAGAGCGAGUGAGAUUUCGUGAAUUUGCGGUACGCGAGUGAUUUUGUCCAUCAGUAAGGUUUCCCUACAGCAUGUUUCAUCUCACACAUUCCUCCACACUUCCCCUAAAUCACAGUGUAUAGCGAAAAUUUUCUGAUUUCUGGUUUAUUUUUAUCAUCAUCUCACCAAAAAGCAAUAGCACACACUAUCAUCAAUGGUGGAGGCCAUACAGUCAAGAAGAAGACACUUGAAUAGCGAGAGAAAUCUUGGGCGUAGGAAUUGAAGAAGGAAGAAAGAAAAAAAACAUAUUUGUGGGUAUUAUGGGGGAAUGACAAUCAAGAAGAGCGAGUGUGUGGAGAACAAGUUGUAGAAACAGUCUGAAAUGAAGCACUAUAUAGUGCUAUAAGGUACCUUUUUUCUCUGUUUUCUAAUUAUUGGUUUAGUUUAUUUUGUGUUUAUGGAUGCCAGCAUAGUAAAGUUGGCAAGACUUCAUUGUUGAUUAUAAAAAAAAAAAUUACAUGAAAUUGCUUUUCAUUAUAAUACGAUUUUCUCAUCACUUUUUUUUCCAAACUACUUCUACUCAGAAUUCGGUAUGUUGGUUUUAUUCAAGCGUAUUAUAAGAAGGUAUUGUUGCUUCUGAUUCUUACAGAUUUACUAGCUGUUGAGUAUUGAGAGGAAGAGGCAAAAAAACUCCAUCGAAAUGACUGAAGUUGAACAGCCACAGACAAAUGGCAUUGCCAAUGAAGAGGAAGAGGACAGCAAUAAAGCUCGUCCGGCAGAUAUAGAAGCGGAUAUGAAGGAAAUGGAGAGGCGAAAGAGAGUGGAGGCGAUAAUGAAUUCACGACUGUUUCGCGAGGAACUCGAACGUAUCGUUGAUGGGCAACUGAGAGAGGGCCCGUCGGGUAUUUUGCAACAACUGUCGGAUAUGAUGGGUGUUCCGGCUGCACGUGUGGGCAGUGUUUUCAAAAGUUCCAACUGUGUUAUGCCCAUCAAUGAUAUCCGUGGCAUUGAGUCGAUGGGCUAUGCAAAGGGAGAAAAGAUACUCCGUUGCAAAUUAGCUGCCACUUUUCGCUUGAUCGAUCUCCAUGGAUGGGCACAAGGGUUGUCAGGACUCGUGACAGCACGCCUCAAUGCUGACCAGGAGCUCUUCCUUGUCAAUCCGUAUGGGCUCUUGUAUCACGAAGUGACGGCAUCAUCACUCAAUAAAGUGAACAUGCAGGGACUCAUCCUGGAACAGGGCACUACCAAUUUCGGCAUCAACAAUGCACAAUUCGUCUUGCAUUCCGUUAUUCAUGCUGCUCGUCCGGAUAUUCGGUGUGCCAUCUUCUUGUGCAGCAACCCGGUUAUUUCUGUUUCAGCACUCAAAUCUGGUCUACUUCCAUUGACCAAGAGUUCUGUGGUUUUGGGCGAAGUUGCAGUGCACACGUACACGGGUAGUCUCAAUGAACCCGAAGAGAGGGAAAAGCUAAUUCGAAGUUUGGGACCAAUGUCCAAGGUGCUCCUACUCACAAAUCAUGGAGCUAUUUGUUGUGGUGAAACCAUCGAAGAAGCAUUCUAUGCUGCCUACCACAUUGUCCAGGCUUGUGAAGCCCAGUUGAAGCUUCUUCCUCUUGGGCUUGACAAUGUGGUAUUGAUUCCGGAAGAGAGUCGCAAAGCGAUAUAUGAAGCAUCACGUCGACCACCUGAGGGUGUUGAUACAAAGCAGGUGCAGCAAAAUAAUAAAGAGAGUGACAAGGAGAAGCAGCCACAGCCAAAGUGGCGCGUUGGUGGGGCUGAAUUUGAGGCGGCAAUGCGGAUGUUAGACAAUGCUGGCUUCCGAACUGGUUACAUCUACCGGAAUCCACUCAUUAAAUCUGAACUGCCAAAACCGAAGAAUGACGUCGAACUGCCACCGGCUGUCUCAUCGCUUGGCUAUUUGCUCGAGGAGGAAGAACUCUACCGACAAGGUGUGUGGAAGAAGUCAGAUUUGCGCAAAGGUGGUGAUAGAUCCAGAUGGCUCAACUCACCAAAUGUCUACCAGAAAGUCGAAGUGUUGGAAACUGGAACUCCCGAUCCGAAGAAAAUAACAAAGUGGGUAUCGGAAGGUUCUCCAACUCAUUCCUCAUCGACUCCAGUGAGAAUUGAUGGUGCACUCCAGUUCGUUCCGCAUGGUACGAAUCCGCGUGAAUUCAAGAAACUUCAGCAACAGAUUAAGGAUAAUCGACGUGCUGAUAUCAUAUCAGCCGGACCUCAGUCACAUAUUUUGGAGGGUGUUUCGUGGGAUGAAGCAAAUCGCAUUAAGGAUGCAGGUGUAUCUGGUACCAGUGAUCACGUAGUGCUCAUGGGUGCUGCAUCGAAAGGAAUAAUUCAGCGUGGUUAUCAGCACAAUGCUACAGUUUACAAGGCGCCAUAUGCAAAGAAUCCCUUUGAUUCAGUUACAGAUGAUGAGUUAUCUGAAUACAAGAAAACCGUCGAACGGAAAGCUCACGGUGAUUAUACUGACACUGAUUACUCUGAAUCAGAAGCCCUCAGUUCACUCCAGACAUCUGGACCACCGAAGAGCUCUGCCCUAUCGCCACCAAGUCAGUCGGACAGUGAGCCUCAAGUACUGAGAAUAGAGACAAAACAAGCACCGAAGCCGAGUCAACCUGAGGUUGUUCUCAGUGAUGCAAAUGCUGAUUUUCUGAGCAAUGAGAGAGCUCAUACAAAUAAGGGAAAACCCCCAAGAGGUACAGGCGAGAAUGUACACAACGGCGAUCAUUCAGAUGCUCACGUCAGCACAUUUUCGCACAGCAGUAAGGAAGAUGUUUCAACCGAGGGCUCUCCGAAAAAAGACAAGAAAAAGAAGAAGGGUCUGAGGACUCCGUCUUUCUUGAAAAAGAAGAAAGACAAGAAACGCGUGGAGGGUUAAAUUGUGUUUGUUUAAAACGUGAAACAAUGACGCAUUAUAAAGUUAAAAAAAAAAAACUAUUAUUAUUUUUAUUUUUAUUUUGAUAAUUUAACAUAAUCUAUGCGAGAAAAUUUUUAAUUCAAUAAAAGAGAGUAUAGAGAUAAUGGAAAACUUUAAAAGUUUUUUUUCUGGAAAGAGAAUGAGAGAGCGGAAAGUAAGAAGUGAAGUAUGAUGAUGAUUAAAACAUGAUGAUAAAUCCAUGGCGAUUUAGCGAUAUUCGUAAGAAUUCAAAGGUGCAUUGACAUUCAAAAAAAAAUAUAAACAAUUUUAUGGUGGAAAAAAAAUGAUAGAAUUGGAGUAAAUACGAUGAAUAAUUUAUUAAUGUUGCCGGGCAAUGAGAAGCAAAGAUUAAACAAUGCUAAACACUCAAAUAAUUGCAAUAUUGUUAACAUCACUCUCAACAUUAAAAUGUAGGAAAAAAAAUAAAGAAAAGAGUAAACAUUAAUCUACAAUGAUGUAAUGAUGUAGAGAAAACCAUUCCAAGGUAUUUUCGCAUAUUUGAUUGAAGAGGGAGAGAGAGAGAAAAAAUGGUUCGAAUAAAAUAAGAAGCGAUUCGUCCAAAUGAAGAAAGGGAAGAAUAAAAUAAAAACAAUCCAGUGAAUAAAAAUAAACUGCUGAUUAAUGUGUUCUGGUCAAUUGUUGAAUAGAAAUAACAAAAUUGAAAUGCAAUUCAACAGAUGAUUCUUUAUACAGAGAUAACAUCUCAGAAAUAAAUUGCAUAUUUAAAUUUAUAAAUAUUAUUCAUUGGUUCUGAACAGAUAAGGAACAUAUUUAAUUGUAGUAAAAAAAAAUACCGCGAUUGAUAUAACAAUACAUUUUUUUCUAACGAUUUAAUUGAGUUAAUUUGUUAGAAAUUUUCUUUUUUUUAAUAUUUCUAUAUUAAUUGCUACUUUAAAUGUUUUUACGUACAAAAAAUUAUUCACCAUUCAUUUCAAAUUACAAAGUAUGCAUAUGACGACCAUGUUUUUUUUUAUUUUAUGUUCUACAAACACGAAUGCUAUUUGCGACUGGGAAACUAAAAUAAAUUAUAAAAUGAAAACAACAUAAACUGCCAUCUUAUGAAUUAUUAAAUUAAUAAUAAAAUGCAAGGAAACACAAAUACACAGAAAAGAAACAUUUCUCGAUACUUUUUACUGAAGGUUCUUCGAAUUCUUUCUAAAAAAAAUGAUUAAUUUUUAAAUUAAAUAGGAAAAAAAGUUAAAAAGUUGUUGUAAUAACGAUUUUAGUGAGUGACGUAGAAAGCCUAAAUAAAAAAAAUGUUUCCAAUUUGUCUUAAUAUAAAAAGAAUGCUAAAAAAAUAAUUCAAUUGAGGGCAAGAGAACACGUUGAGAAUAAAGUUGUUUUAUAGAUAAAAAUACAUCACAAACGGUUCGUCAGUUUUACUUUUCAAUGAGACAAUUUGAAAAAUGAAAAAAAAAAUUAAAGGAAAUUACUCUCUGAUAUGUACUCGCUUACAUGAUAAAUUAGAAAAUAAUUAAAAAAACAAAAUAUAUUGAUUGUAGAAUAAGGGAAAUAAUAUUGAAGGAUGGAGAGAUGAUUUAAUUAUUAUAUAAUGUAAAAUCCAAUGAGUGUCCCAAAGUUAACGUGAAGACAUAAAAGAAAAGCAUUUUAUUGAAUUGGCCAUCAGCUCUUACAAAGAGAUGCUUAAAAAAACAAAUAUUUAAAAUAAUAAUCUAAUAAAAUGUUCUCAUUUUAGUUUGUACGAAAAUUUUGGGACUCUUCGCCGUUCUCUGUAAUUGCUAAAUUAAAAAAUAUUUUUAUUUUCCCUUUUUUGACACCACUUUUAAAGUUUUAUAUAAAAAUUGAUGCAGAAAAAGUGUGUUAUAAAAUAAGUAAAAUGAAUAAAUUAAAAAAAAACUAUAUUUUAGGAGCUUGAGCAGAGCACUUAUUUUUGCUAAAUUGAAUACUAAUUAGGCAUUAAGUAAAGAUCGAUUUAAAAAAAAAAUUGAAAAUGCUUUGAAAACUAACGUUCUCUCCAUGGCAAAAAGUGUGUUGAAUCUUGUGGAAGGAAGUUCAAGAAUGAUAAAUGUUCUUAUAUAAUUGCUUUUAUGUUCUGUUUCGUUGCUCCUCUUCGUUUACUGUCGACAUCUUCGGUCGAGGGAAGUUGUGUCCUUUCUGUUGCUACAUUUUUUUUUAAUAUAUAAAUCUAAAAUAGAACGACACUUUAUCUAAGAAAUUGCAUUAGCAAUUGCAUCUUAUUUACAUUAUAUAGUGACAUACAUAUAUACAAAAGAAAAUAAUCAAGUAUAUUUUUUAGGACCUUGAGGAACUUGCCUAAGUGAAAGCGAUAUAAACGAUAUUGGUAUGAUAAAUGAAUAAUAAAAAAACACACACAUUGGAUAAAAAAUAAAUUCAUUGUAAAAUAGUGAUUUACUCGGAUAAAAGUUAAUUAUAUUAUACUUUUAUACAAUUUCUGUUAUCACAUUUUUAUUUUAUAGAAGUGAAUCGAUGACUUUUUAUUUACACUUUUUUUUGCUUUCAUUGUACAGCUAAUGAAUUAGAAUAUUGCAGAGUUUCUAAGAAUUCACUUUUAAAAAUAAAAGUACUAUGGAUAUUCUCUAUAUUAAAAUGAAGAAAAACAAAAACAAUUUAUUGAGUGUAAGAAUAAAUUUCAAAACACAUUAAAAA